GAGAGAGAGAGAGAGAGAGAGAGAGAGAGAGAGAGAGAGAGAGAGGACGCAAACAGUGCUCUCUGCGGAUGCUCGAAUGUGCAAACACGGCAUUUCUUCUUUUAAAUCCUGUCCCUGGCUCGUCUGAAGGGUGAAAAGUGAUUCAGAUGGGGAAUGGUUCAAUGAAAUCAAAGCGUUACAAACACGCGGACGGCUCUACUUCUUCGUCCAACAGCCGAUGCUACAAAGAUCAUGGGUUCAAAUACUCGUCAAUGGACAACCUGAGGGCCCGAGUGGACGAGCUGGAGCGAGAGGGCAAGAGGAAGGAUGAGGAGCUUUGUUCCAGAGAGCAGCAGAUCAAACAUCUCAAUGAGCAGCUGGCCAAAGAGAGCCGAGCUCUGGCUGAUCUGGACGAGGAGCUGCAGAACAAGAGCGUCCAGCUCAACAAGCUGCAGGACGUGAUGAAGAACCAGAGCGGGGCCCCGGCACAUCUGCCAUCAAGGGCCCCCUCCAUCAAAGCCUUCCACAAGAGCCCCAACCUCAGUGUUCGCAUCAAGGAGUCCCUCAAUAGGAGGAAAGGGGCCAAAGCAGGGGUGUCGGCCGAACCCACAUCAAGGACCUACGACUCCAGCAGCCUGCCAAAGUUCUCCUUCGACAAGGCCCGGGUAUCAAAGGAUGCGAGUGUAAAGAGGGUGCUGACGGACGCCCUGAACAAGAACCAGUACCUGAAGAGGCUGGAGCUGCAGCAGAUCAAAGACAUGGUGGAGUGUAUGUACGAGCGCACCUACCAGCAGGGAGAGUACGUCAUCAAGCAGGGAGAGCCUGGGAACCAUCUGUUUGUUCUGGCAGAUGGGAAGCUGGAUGUGUUUCAGCACAACAAGCUGCUCACAUCGAUAGCGGUGUGGACCACUUUUGGAGAACUAGCCAUUCUGUACAACAGCACACGGACAGCAUCAGUGCGAGCGGUGAACAAAGUGAAGGUGUGGGUUCUGGACCGGGAGGUGUUUCAGAACAUCAUGAGGAGAACGGCUGAGACGCGGCAUGAACAGUACCGCAACUUCCUCCGAAGUGUUUCACUCUUGACUAAUCUACCAGAAGACAAGCUAAGCAAAAUAGUGGACUGCCUCGAGGUGGAAUACUAUGACAAGGGAGAGCACGUCAUCCGGGAGGGAGAGGAGGGAAGCACCUUCUACAUCAUCGCACAGGGAAAGGUGAAAGUGACCCAGAGCACAGAGGCCCACAAGCUCCCGCAGAUUAUCAACACGCUGCAGAAGGGAGACUACUUUGGAGAGAAAGCACUUAUAAGUGAUGAUGUCAGAUCAGCUAAUAUUAUCGCAGAUGAGGACGGUGUGGAGUGCCUAGUUAUCGAUAGAGAGACAUUUGAUCAGACAGUGGGCACCUUCAAUGAGCUGCAGAAGUACCUCCAAGGCUACGUGGCAACACUUGAUCGUGACGACAAGAAGAGACAUGCCAGAAGGUCAUUGUCGCGCCACCAGAGCCAUCCGCUGUCUUCAGACGUCAUCCAGCUGAAGGAAAUGGUUUCCACGUUUCCUACAUCCACGCCCUUCGACCAGCUGGAGGUCGUUGCUACUCUCGGGGUCGGUGGCUUUGGACGAGUAGAACUGGUAAGACCUGAAGAUAAGAAAU